AUGGAGCUGACACCAGGGGCCCAACAGCAAGGUAUAAAUUAUCAAGAGUUGACUUCAGGAUGGCAAGAUGUGAAAUCAAUGGUGUUGGCACCAGAGCCAACUAGGAAGUUCUCAUCAGGACCAAUGUUGACCAGUGUCAGAUUUUCAAAUUUAUCUCCAGAAUCACAGCAACAAGGUGUGAAAUCUUUGAAGUUUACUCUAGAGCCAAAGUUGCAAAGUGUAAAACAUCUGAAAUUGUCUUCAGUGUCUCUGCAGCAAACUAUAAAAUCUUUGGAAUUAGCACAAGGGCUACUGCUUCAAACAGUGAAAUACGUGGAGCAAACUCCAAGAACAAAUUCCCAAAUCAUGGCAUCCUCUGAAAUAAUCCCCAGGCCAGGGCAUCAGUUUACAAAAUGUGCAGAGAUGAUCCCACAGCCAAAGUAUCAAGUCCCUAAAUCUGCAAAUUUGAUUUCAAUACCAAUUUAUCUUGCCACAGAAUUUUCAGAAAUGGCACAAGGACUGGCAAAUAAAGGCAUAGAUCCUAUAGAGAAAUCUGUGGGGUCGACCCCAAAGCUAACAGGCAGAGCCAUGGAAUCUUUAGGGAUUCUGCUGCAGCCAGAUCUUCAAGUACCAAAAUUGGUUGAUCUGACUCCAAUGCUAAGGUAUCAAGGCUCAAAAUUCUUAGGAUUAACUCCAGAGAACAGCCACCAAAUCCUAGAAACUAUGGACAUGCUGUCUCAGCCAUGGCCCCAAGUUAAGGAUUUGGGGGAGUUAUAUAUAAAGCCACGGCAGCAAAUUGUGGAACCUGAAAGGAUUACCCCAGAACUCAAGCAUUACUUUACAGAAGCUGUGGGGUUGACCACUGAGGCAAGGAUACAAGCAAAUGAAUUCUUUGGAAUGACCCCAAAGCCACCAAGUCAAGCCACUGGAUUUGCAGAGAGAUCCCCAAGGCUCUGCCCUCAAGACUUAGAACCCGUGGAGGCAAUCUCUCAGAAAAGGUUGCAAAGGGAAGAAUCUGUGGUAUUGAUUCCAAAGUCAUUACAUCACAUCCCAGAUUCUGCUUCAGGGAUGACACCUGGAUUAGGACAUCAGGUUUCUGAAUCUGUGGAGUUGACUUCUGAGUUAGGGAUGCAGGUGGAGAAAACUUUGGAAUUAACUCCAGAACCACAUCAUCACCUGGGAUCUCCAGAGAUAAUAUUAGGGUUAAGACAUCAAGUCUCGGAAUCUGUAAAGCUGAACUAUAAGCAAUGGCUGCAAAUGGAGGAAUCUUUAGAGGUACCCCUGAAGGAAACAAGUCAAGUUAUAGGACAUGAAGAAUCUGCAGAGCUCACAUCUGAGGCAUGGCAGCACAGGGAGGUAUCAAUGGGGCUAACAAAAUCAAAGAAUCAAAGUAUGAAAUCUCCAGGGACAACCACAGGACCACUGGAUCAAAAUGUAGAAUUUAUGAUUAGUCCAGAGCCACUAGAUCAAGUCACAGAAUCUGCAAGGACACAGCUUCAAGUUGCUCAGUCUCAAGAGGUAACCUUUGUAGAUGUCCCAAAAGUUGUUCAAUCUGAGAAGGUGACCCCUGGACCACCAUUUCAAGUUGUAAAGUCUAUGACAGUGCCAAGGCCAGCCCAUCAAGUGGUGGAAUAUAUUGAGUUGACUCCAAAACUGCAAGAUGUGAGACUUUCAGAGCUCCCCUCAUGGCCAUGGUUACAAGAUGUGAAAGCUAAGAAAUUAAUCACAAAGCCAAAACACCAGAUAGUGGAAACAAUGGAGUUGACAGGGUUUCAAAUUGUAAAAACUAUGUUAAUCCCAGGGCCACCCCAUCAAAUUGUAAAAUCUGAGCAAUUAGCACCAGGACCAAUUCCUCAGGUUGUAUAACCAAAAGGAGCCCUAGAAUGAGGAAUUGAAGCAAUAAAUUCUGUGAAUUUACCAAGGCCAUAUCUUCAAGAACUCAUAGUACCUGUAGAGUCAACUCUAAGGCCACAUAUUCAAGCGCAAUCUGAAGAAUUAACCUCACAGCAAACAUCUCCAUUUGAGGAACAUACAAUAUUGACUCAUAAACAAGGACUUCAGGCUGUGAAAUCUACAUUGAUAAAAACAGAGCCUCCUAUUAUGGAAUCUGAGGAUUUGAAUCUAGGACAGGUGUGUCAGAAUAGGGACUGUGGCCGGGCACGGUGGCGCGUGCCUCAAUACUGUGGGACGAGAGUGGAAAUAAAGAAAACAAACUCAGGGUUCAGUGGUAUAUCCCAAGAAGUCAUUCAGCAUAUGCCUGUCACAUGUGCAGGGGGCCAGCUUCCUGUCCUGGUAAAGUCAGAGUCUUCCAUCAGCAUAUUUUCCAACACAGAAGAUCUUGUUCCAAUGGAAGAAAGUGAGAACUCACAGAGCGAUUCCCAAACAAGGAUUUUGGAGUCUGAACACUCCCUCAAGCCAAAUUAUCUUCCCCAGAGUGACUUCUCAGAACAGCUCCAGUUGCUACAAGAUUUGCAGCUAAAAAUAGCAACAAAACUCUUAAGGAGUCAAAUACCCCCCAAUGUGCCUCCACCUCUAGCUUCAGGUCUAGUCCUAAAGUACCCUAUCCGCCUACAGUGUGGCCGAUGUUCAGGAUUUAACUGCCAUCAUAAAUUACAGACCACUUUGGGGCAUUAUCUUCUGAUCUAUCCACAGCUCCACCUUGUAAGCACCCCUGAAGGCCAUGGUGAGAUUUGGUUGCAUCUUGGCUUUAGAUUAUGA